AUGAAUGAAAUAAAGGUUAAGGGUGGUGUGGAAGGCAAAAAUGAUCGCAAAAAUUUCGUUAAAGAGUACCCGAGCUUAUCUGCUGUUUUAAAUGGCUUGGCUGCUGGUAUGACGAAUGUUUUAAUCCAGCCUUUCGCUGUUAUGAGGACCACAAUUCAGUCGAUGAACAUUUACACUCAUGGCAUUGGCCCUAACCGGAGCAAGAUUCUUGAGAUUCUCAAGAGUUUUAGGGCCGGUGGAAUACGUACAAUGUAUCGUGGUUGUACUUCCUCAGUGUGCAUUUCCGCCAGUGGUUGGCUUAUUUUCAGAUUCCUGUACGACAAAUUUGCACACUAUGAGUUUUUUAAGGAUAAUAGACUCUCAGUUAACUUAGCCAGAAGUGCCUCCAGUAGUCUUAUAACAAGUGUUAUUCUUCACCCGUUUUGGAAUGCCAGAUUAGCUAUUGAACUUCAGAGUAGGCAAACUGGUAUUGAUGGGUGGCCUCAGUAUCGUGGAGCACUAAAUUACUUAAUUCGCACACUUUAUCAGAAAAAUGGUAUUAGGGCCACAUUUCGAGGCCUUUCAGUUUCUUUAUCUUCAGUUUCACAUCACACUCUUCUAAUCGUAAUAUAUGACAAGCUUUCUCAGAGAAAGCUAAUUAACGUUGAUAACCAAGUAUUUGAUAAGGUUAACAUAUUCUUGAAUGGCAUGAUUUCUAGGAUGAUUCCUACUCUCGUUUGUUACCCGCUCUAUGUUAGCAGGGUUAUGCAGCAGUGUCAUAACACUGAGAUUAGGAGUUUUUCUAUUUUCCGAAUCUUCCUCUGGAACUUCAAGCACAAUAACCUCAAGGGCAUGUACUCUGGGCUUCCAGUCCAGGUCGUAAAGUCGAUGUUAUCUGGUGGAAUCAUGUUUUCUCUGUAUGAAAUUCUCGUCAGAAUAAGUAAUCGUGUACUAUUAAUGUUAUGA